AUGUCUGACGAGGCGACCACCAGCGGCCAAUCCGCGCCUGCUGCGAACGAGGAGGUGGAAAAGAAGGUUGAGGAGACCUCGACCGCGGCUGAAGCUUCUGAGGCGCCUGCAGCUGCUGCUGAUGACGCGAAACCCGCCGAGUCUGAGGAAGCUGUCAAGGACGACACCGACAAGGACAAGAAGGAGGACCCCAAGCCCGAGAACGCUGAGACUAAGGACGCGGAAUCUGCCGGCAAGCCUGACGAGUCAUCCAAAACCGAAGACGCCGACGUCGAGAUGACAGAUGCAGCCGAGACGAAGGAGAUGUCGGCGCCUGUCGCUGACGCGGAGAAGGAAUCUGCUGCUGACGCCGCCGAUGCGACAGCUGACAAGGGCAAGGCGCGUCGCAGAUCGUCGGGUGUCCCGGAGCACAAGGGCAAGAAGCUCAGCAAGAAGGCCUCCAAGGCCAAGCUCUCCCACAAGGACGCGAAGCCUGGCGACCACUUCUUGGUGAAGCUCAAGGGAUACCCCCAAUGGCCCGUCAUCAUUUGCGACGAGGAGAUGCUUCCCGAGACCCUCAUCAAGACUCGCCCUGUCACUGCGAAGCGUGCCGAUGGCACAUAUCGUGAAGACUACGCCGACGGUGGCAAACGAGAGAACGACCGCACGUUCCCCGUCAUGUAUCUUCGCACGAACGAAUUUGGUUGGGUCCCCAACUCUGCCCUUCAGGAGCUCACCUCGGAGAAGGCGUCCGAGAUGCUCACCGACAAGAUCAAAAAGGCCGAGUUGCGCGACGCAUUCGAGCUCGCAAUCGAGCAGAACCCUCUCGAGCACUACAAGGAAGAACUCCAAAAGUACCAGGACGAACUGGCUCAGAAGGCAGCUGCCAAGGAAGCCAGAGAAGCUGCUAAGAAGAACAAGAAGAAGGCCCCGGCCAUCAUUGAGGAUGAGGACGUCGACAUGGAGGAUGCGGCUGAUGAGGAGGUUGCCCCUACACCGAAGGAAAAGUCAAAGACCAAGAAGCGCAAGGCUGAAGAUGAGGCGGCCAGUACCCCAGCGCGAACCGAGUCGGCUAAGAAGCCCAAGAUCAAGCUUAACACCUCUUCUACGCCCAAAGCAACAAAUGGGACUGCCACCCCCAAGUCUGUCAAGGACUCCGCCUCCAAGCCUGCGAAGACCAAGUCGUCCAAGAAGGAUGGUGCCGAGAAGAAGGAGAAGGAAGCCCCCAAGGAGCCUGAGCUGACUGCUGAGGAGAAGCAUCAACGCAAGGAAAAAGAAGUACUGUUCCUACGUCACAAGUUGCAAAAGGGCCUCCUUACGAGGGAUCAAGAGCCCAAGGAGGAAGAGAUGAAGAUGAUGUCGGAUUACAUUACGAAGCUUGAGAGUUUCCCGGAUCUUGAGGUCUCUAUCAUCCGGGCUACGAAGAUCAACAAGGUUCUCAAGGCUAUUAUGAAGCUCGACUCUAUUCCCAAGGAGGACGAAUUCAAGUUCAAGAGUCGAUCCCAGACUCUGUUGGACAAGUGGAACAAGAUUCUCAGCGGCGGCGAUGCUGGAGGCUCUGCCACACCAGCUCCUACCAAUGGCGUCAAUGGUACUUCUGGAAAGGCUGCACCGGAGACGAAGGAGACACCUGCUGCGUCCAACGGCGUCAAGGAGAGCAAGGAGGCCGACAAGUCCGAGGAGGCCAGCAAAGAGGCUAAGGACGAAAAGGACGACAACAAGUCCGAUAAAGACAAGACGUCCGAAGAACCUGAAAAGGCGGAGGAGAAGGCCGAGAAGUCUGAGAAGGCUGAUGAGUCCGCUGAGAAGCCAGCUGAAGAGUCGGCACCUGCGCCCCCGGAACCGGUUGAAGCCAAGGCUUAG